CCCCAGGGACAGAAGCGGAGCUGGAGCCGAGGAGAAGGUGUUGGUGCUGAUGCGGGAUGGCAGCGAGAAGCCGAGGAUGCAGAUGCUAAGCCGGCAAGCACCGCUGUCUGUUUCGCAGGAGCGCCCGCUGACUGACCUUGAGAAGUUAAUGCAUUGAUCUUGAAGUGUUAUUUUCAUCGCCAGUAUCAGUUUAUUUUCUUUUAAACGUAACGCUCACAGUUGCACAUCUUGAUUCAGAAACCGUAGCAUCUUUAGUGACUAAAGAGGAUUGCAGUGCAUUGAUUGCUGCCAUGUUCAGCGAGAGGUGAAGGGCUCCUCCCGCAUUCUCCGUGUUGGAUCUAUUCCCUUUUACCUCCUCGGAGGUUUGCUGGUGAUCCCGCAUUGUUGCUGGCAAAAGGCGAGAGAUGGCGGACCCAGCUGAAUGCAGCAUUAAAGUAAUGUGCCGAUUCAGGCCGUUGAAUCAGUCAGAGAUCCUGAGAGGAGACAAGUUCAUCCCGAAAUUUAAGGGCGACGACACAGUCAAUCUUCUUGGGCAAGGAAAACCUUUCGUAUAUGACAAAGUGUUUACUCCGAACACAACCCAGGAACAAGUUUACAAUGCAUGUGCCAAGCAGAUCGUUAAAGAUGUGCUUGACGGUUACAAUGGGACUAUUUUUGCCUAUGGUCAAACAUCCUCCGGCAAAACACACACCAUGGAGGGAAAACUUCAUAAUUCGCAGCUGAUGGGCAUUAUUCCAAGGAUAGCUCAUGACAUCUUUGAUCACAUCUACUCUAUGGAUGAGAAUCUAGAAUUUCACAUCAAGGUUUCCUAUUUUGAAAUCUAUUUAGACAAAAUCCGGGACUUGUUGGAUGUUUCAAAAACAAACCUUUCAGUACAUGAGGAUAAAAACAGAGUACCUUUUGUUAAGGGCUGCACAGAGAGGUUUGUUUCUAGUCCUGAGGAGGUGAUGGAUGUUAUUGAUGAAGGAAAGUCGAACCGUCAUGUUGCUGUUACCAACAUGAAUGAACACAGCUCUCGAAGCCACAGCAUUUUCCUCAUUAACAUUAAGCAGGAGAACAUUGAAACAGAAAAGAAACUCUCUGGAAAGCUGUACCUUGUGGAUUUAGCUGGUAGUGAAAAGGUCAGCAAAACCGGAGCUGAAGGAUCCGUCCUGGAUGAAGCUAAAAAUAUCAAUAAGUCUCUUUCUGCUCUGGGGAAUGUGAUCUCUGCUCUGGCGGAGGGGACUAAAACGCAUGUUCCAUACCGUGACAGUAAGAUGACCCGAAUUCUUCAAGAUUCCCUUGGUGGCAAUUGCCGAACCACCAUAAUUAUCUGUUGCUCACCCUCCAAUUAUAAUGAUGCAGAAUCGAAAACAACCCUGAUGUUUGGGCAGAGAGCCAAGACCAUUAAGAACACUGCAUCCGUCAACCUGGAGUUGACGGCAGAGGAAUGGAAGAAGAAAUACGAGAAGGAAAAAGAGAAGAACAAGUCCCUGAAGAAUGCUCUACAGCACCUGGAGAUGGAGUUAAACAGAUGGAGAAAUGGUGAGUCUGUUCCCGAGGAUGAACAAAUUGACGCCAAGGAUCAGAAGAACUUGGAGCCUUGUGACAACCAGACCACCAUAGACAAUGUGGCUCCGGCCCCCAAAAUCACGGCAGGGGAGAGGGUAAAGUUGGAGGAAGAGAUCAGCAAUUUGUACAAGCAGCUCGAUGACAAGGAUGAAGAGAUAAAUCAGCAGAGCCAACUGACAGAGAAUCUAAAUCAGCAGAUGCUGGAUCAGGAGGAGCUGUUGGUUUCCACACGGCGGGAUUAUGAAAAGAUCCAGGAGGAACUGAAUCGCCUGCAGCUGGAAAAUGAAGCCGCCAAAGAUGAGGUGAAGGAGGUACUUCAGGCCUUGGAGGAACUGGCUGUCAACUAUGACCAGAAAUCCCAAGAAGUGGAGGACAAGUCCAAGGCCAACGAACUGUUGACUGAUGAACUCUCACAAAAAACGAGUACUUUAAUAGUUUUUCAGAAAGAAUUCAACCAACUCCAGGAGCUGAGCAACCAUCAGAAGAAGAGGGCAACCGAGAUACUGAAUAUCUUGUUGAAGGACCUGGGAGAAAUCGGUGGGAUCAUUGGAAACAGUGAAGUCAAACUGAUGGCAGAAAUGAAUGGUGUGCUGGAGGAAGAGUUCACAGUUGCUCGUCUGUACGUCAGCAAAAUGAAGUCUGAAGUCAAGACCUUGGUGAAGCGGGCCAAGCAGCUGGAGAGCACGCAGCUGGACUGCAAUAAAAAACUGAAUGAGAACGAACGGGAGUUGGCAGCAUGUCAACUUUUGGUGUCGCAGCAUGAAGCCAAGAUAAAAUCGCUGACAGAUUACAUGCAGAAUGUGGAACAGAAGAGAAGACAGCUGGAGGAGUCUCACGAUUCACUGGAUGAAGAGUUAGCUAAACUCCGCGCCCAAGAAAAGAUGCAUGAAGUGAGCUUUCAGGACAAAGAAAAGGAGCAUCAGACCUUGCUUCAAGAUGCCAAUGAAAUGAAGAAAACCCUGGAAGAGCAAAUGAAGAACCACAGAGAGGCCCAUCAGAAACAACUGGCUCGCCUGAGGGAUGAAAUUGAUGAAAAGCAAAAAAUCAUCGACGAACUGAAAGAUUUGAACCAGAAACUGACGCUGGAACAAGAGAAAUUGAACUCUGAUUUUGAUAAGUUAAAAAUGGAAGAGCAGGAAAAAAGUGUGGAGCUACAGAAACUUGUACUUCUUAAUGACAAAAGAGAGCAAGCAAAACAGGACCUCAAGGGGCUGGAAGAGACAGUUGCAAAAGAACUCCAAACUCUCCAUAACCUCAGAAAACUUUUUGUUCAGGACCUCACCACUCGGGUCAAGAAAAGUACUGAACUGGACUCAGAUGAUGGAGGGGGGAGUGCUGCACAAAAACAGAAAAUAUCCUUUCUUGAGAACAACCUGGAGCAGCUUACAAAGGUUCACAAGCAGCUGGUUCGUGACAAUGCAGAUCUUCGUUGUGAGCUUCCUAAGCUGGAAAAACGACUUCGGGCUACAGCUGAGAGGGUUAAGGCAUUGGAGAGUGCACUGAAGGAAGCCAAGGAGAGUGCGAUGAGGGAACGCAAGCGUUACCAUCAGGAGGUCGACCGAAUCAAGGAAGCAGUCCGGGCCAAAAACAUGGCCAGGCGGGCACAUUCAGCUCAGAUUGCAAAACCUAUUCGUUCUGGCCAUUAUCCUGCAUCCUCUCCAACAGCCUUUCAUGCUAUCCGUGGUGGUGGAGUAUCUGUGACCUCAAACCCUAGUUACUAUCAGAACAAGGACAAGUAAUUGGGGCUUCAGUCAAGCAUGCAUUAAUGAACCAAGACCAACUCAUAAAACCCUUCAGAAGGAACCUGCAUCUAAUCAUAUACUUUCUUCAGAACUGUAGUCAUAGUACAUUGGCUUUACAUGGGUCAAGAUAAGUAUGUACAGAACUGCAUUCAUUCUACAUCACUUAGCCUCAUAGAUCAUAUGUGUUUGUGCGUGACAAUUAAUUCCCAGCCUUUUCCAGGACCGUGCUAAGCUGAAAUUAUACAUUGUAUCGCAGUGUCUUAGGAGGAAUAUUACCUUGUAUUGUGAGUUUGAUUUUCUGUAUGAUAAAAUGUUUUAUUUUGUAUUUUUGGGUUGUGGGUGGGCAAACAAUGGCUGCUAAAUUACACAUUUUAAAGGAGUGAAAAGGUCAAAUUCGUGCUUGUAGAAUUUUCUAAAGAAAAAAACUCAUUUUGGCAGCAUUGAUGAACCUGGUCAGUGAGGGUCAUCAAAGUGAACAACUUGGACAGCAGUGACCAUGAACUAGAAUGCCUUUUAGUACAAAAAAACUACAAGCCUUGAACUAUGCUACACUUGUUUGAUUUUUACACUGAGAAUGUCGGAAUGGAAAGCUGAAGGUUUCAAAGAAGGACAUAAACAAUGCAAAAUUGGCCUUAUUUUGGGUCCAAAGAAAACAUGGUCGCCUUUAGUGCUCAGAAAAGAGACAGUUUAUAUUCAUGUGCAAGCAACACUGGAAAACUGGAAGCAGAUGUAACUUGCCCAACCACCUCUCUUCAGACCUUUGAAGAAGAUUUUUUGUCUGUCAGCUGCCAUUAACCUUACUGAAGAAAUAAGAAAGACUUGUUCUGAAUAUUAUGAGCAAAACUAUGUUCACUCAUGGGUAUUUCUGUUGAUGUCCACCAUAACUCAACUGCUGGUUUCAUGCCAUUUGAAUACAGGGGGUGUCAGUGUAGAGACUGUACUGGUUUCCAAAGAACGUUUGGUUUGUAUAGAUAGCAUAAACUCUUGAGGCAAUAGUAAAUCUUUAAUAUCAAGUUCACGAUAAAGGAAAUUGCCACUAACUAUUGUAUUAUGGUGAUCCAAAUGUUCCUGGAUAUCCUUUGCAGAGUCUACGUCGACUAAAGUUUGCACUCCAUGUACUUACUACCUUUAUGUAUAAUUUGCAUCUAUGUUUUUACAUGCCUAAUCAUGGCUGCUGGAAUUAUCUUUAUUGAUGCACAUAACAUUGAGUUCUUAUCAAAGCUGCACCGUCACAGUGACUAUCUUUCAUUUGGUGUUGGAUCCUUCCUGUAACUAGAUGCUGAUCAGCCAGUCAGUUCACCUAGUGUUAGACUUGUGAAAUUUCCAAACUUUAUGCAAGAUUGUCAUUGUGAAAUCUAGCCUUCUUAAUCAAUCGCAAUUCUUCAUCAUGUUUUUAUCUCUCUGAAUCUACAGAAACCUGCCUCUUCCUAAUUGGCUCAGGACGCAUCUAAAAGUAUUUUAUUUUUUGCCUUAAUGCCAGUGGGGUUGUUCAUUAGAUGCACUUCUUUACUUGCAGAGUAUUAUACUUGACGUGUACACUAGAUUUCUUAUGGGAUUGCUGAGGAGGUAAAAUUAAUCUUUGGUUAGUAACACUUAGAUGCAAGUGAGUCUACUGGGCUGCAGUUUCAGUCAUGUCCACAUUCACCUCCACUGAAGACAUGGGGUUAAGUGAGGUUAACCGCCAACACUUCUGAGCAUUGUAUCAAAGACUGAAUUCUACCGUCCUUCCCAUCUCUACAUUCCCCCAAACUCCUCCAACCAGAAUUUAAUUGUCGAUGAUUGUGUAAAGUACCAUUUUGGUUUUGAAACGGCAUGUCACUCUCCCCCCCCUGUAUUUAUUACUGUACUAGAUUUUAGGAUGGUAUGGAUCAAAAAUGAGGCUGUCUGGAAUCCUCAGUUCUUUCUAGAAGGAUGGGAGCGGAGCAUUGCGGUGGCCGCAUAAUCCCAAAGACUUCUGGAAAGAUUGUUUCUUGAGGUAAUUCACAGAGUCGAUCUAAUUUGGGUUUUGAUUGGGUUGACAUGGAUGAAGAACAGUCAAAAGCCUGAGGGAGACCACGCCACGCUGUGGGUGGAUCGUGCUAUUUUCAACUUCACAGGAGAAGAUGACAGCACAAAGAAGGAGCCAGCUGAUUUAAUAACAUCAAUGCCAGGGGUGAUGCAAAAUAUUCUACCGACUGACCUAAUCAAAAUGUUCUCUGUGAUGGUCUUGCCGUUAGCCUAUGCCUCCUUCUAGAUUCUGAUCAGCAAGUCAGUCAAUCUAGCUUUCGGCAUGUAUCUGAUGCUUCAGCAAGACUGUCACUGUAGGAGAUUUUAACUAGGCCAUCUGAGAAUUCAAAGUGCAGUUGUGCCUACUUUUAUUUCUUAACUUUUACGUUACAGUUUACACUUGAAUGCCUUCUUGCCUUUCAUUCCAUUACUUUUCCUGUUUGUGUGUUUAAAACCACUGGAAACAUUGGUAAGCUGACGGGGUUCGAUGCUACUGUGUGUUUAGCCUGUAUAUCAAGGGAAUAAGUAAUCCUUACACCAUACGAAUGCUGUGUGCCUGACAAAUAGCUGACCAGAGUUGGGGAGAAAAAAAACCUACAUAUUGUUCAAUGUCCAUUGUCUGUCUCUGGGAUGUAUCGAGGUAUCUAAUGACCUGAUAGAUGUUGGGAUGUGAGGCUCUCUGUAGUUUGUGUCUUCUUUGUAAGAUGUGUAUGUGUACUGCAGAAGUGUUUCUCUUAACUGGCUGUGUGUACAGUAGUCUUUAAAUAUGUUCAUUUUAGGGGAACCUAUAUUUAUUAAAACAAACCUAUACAACUAUUUUGUUCAAAUGGUAUAAACAUGAUUAUUCAUGGUCAGCAUAUGAAUACUGUGAGGUAUUUAAAUAAAACAUAAGAUCAAGUUUGAGGGGAGUCUUUAAAAUGACACUGAAAUUCCUGUCCUGUAAGGUAUAACAAAAAAUCUGCUAUGAAAUGACUUGCAUGAUGUAUAAUUUACUUGAAACGGUUAAUGAAAGUGCUGAAAUAAAGUUGAUUUAAACCCCAAAGAAA